AUGAAUGACUGUUUUCAGUGUCCAGAAGAUUAUUAUCCAAGCAAUAAUCAAGAUAAAUGCCUUCUAAAAUAUGCAAGUUAUCUUUCUUAUGAGGAAAUGUUGGGAAUGAGCUUGGCGACAGUGGCUCUUGUGCUUUCCCUCACCACAGCGUCUGUGCUAGGAAUCUUCCUGAAGUACCACAACACUCCCAUCAUCAAGGCCAACAACCGCAGCCUCUCCUACACCCUCAUCUCUCUCCUCCUCUCCUUCCUUUGUUCUCUGCUUUUCAUUGGUCAACCCAUGAUGGUGACCUGUCUGCUUCGACAGACUGCUUUUGGGAUCAUCUUCUCAGUGGCUGUUUCUUGUAUGUUGGCUAAAACCAUCACUGUGAUUCUUGCUUUCAUGGCCACCAAGCCAGGAUCAAGGAUGAGGAAAUGGGUUGGGAAAAGACUAGCCCUUUCCAUUGUUCUUUCCUCUUCCUUUAUUCAAACUGUUCUCUGUGCUGUGUGGCUGGCAACCUCCCCUCCCUUUCCAGAUGUUGACAUGCUCUCCAUUUAUAGUGAGAUAAUUCUGGAAUGUAAUGAAGGGUCAGUUACAAUGUUUUACUCUGUUUUAGGUUUUAUGGGCUUCCUGGCUUUCAUCAGUUUUAUUGCAGCCUUCCUAGCUAGGAAGCUACCAGAUGCUUUCCAGGAAACCAAAUCCAUCACUUUCAGCAUGCUGGUCUUUUGCAGUGUCUGGUUGUCCUUUGUUCCUGCCUACAUGAGCAGCAAAGGAAAAUACAUGGUGGCCGUGGAGAUCUUUGCCAUCUUGGCCUCCAGUGCUGGGUUACCGGCUUGUGUCUUUUUCCCCAAAUGCUACAUUAUAAUGCCAGGAGAACUCAUUAUUGGUGGUAUAAUUUCUCAGUUCUUCAUUAUGUCUGAUGAGAUCAAAUUCACAAGGCAUCCUUCUCAGGACAUGUUCAAUGACUUAAUGUUACUGACUCAGGCCUACCAGCAUGUCUUAGCUUUGGUGUUUGCUGUAAAGGAGAUUAAUGCAAACCACAAGAUCUUAACCAAUGUCACCCUAGGCUUCAAUAUUUAUAACAAUUACUUUAGUCCACGAUAUACCUAUGCAGCCACAAUGGAGCUGCUCUCUACAACAAGCAGAUUCAUCCCUAAUUAUAAAUGUGACCUCCAGAACAAUCUGGUGGCUGUUAUUGGAGGACCAAACUCUGAUGAGUUCCUGGACAUGUCAACAAUCCUGACAAAUUACAAAAUUGCACAACUUGCAUACAGCUCUAACCCAGAGAUGGAUUCUCAAACCCAGGCUGUUUUCUUCCACUGGAUGUUCCCAAAUGCAAUUCAUCAGUACAAAGGGAUCCUCCAUCUUUUGCUGCAUUUUGGAUGGACCUGGAUUGGGGUGUUCUAUACUGAUACUGGCAAUGCAGAAGUGGUUUUCAUAAGAAAUGUGAUCCCUAUGCUUUCCAUGAAUGGUAUUUGCUUUGAUUUCAUAAGAAAUUUGGUUGGUGGGAUGCUCAGUGACAUUGAUAAAGUAGAGGAAGCAGCAUGUGAAGCAUUAAGAUUUGCCUUGACCCGUACAACCAAUACUGUCAUCUUUAAUGGAGAAUUUCAGAGUAUGUUAAGUUUAAGGAUAUUCCUCAAGGUUUCUGAAAUUGAGGACAUUCCAGAAUAUUCCAAAGUUUGGAUUAUGACAGCAGAUGUUGAUUUCACAUCUCUUCCCUUGCAGAGGAAUUGGGGCUUAAGCUUUAUUCAUGGAUCUUUAUCCUUGGCAGUUACAUCAAAAAGUAUUUCUGGAUUCCAUCAAUUUCUUCAAAUGAGAAACCCUACUCUGGAGGCAGAAGAUGGUUCCCUGAGAGAAAUCUGGCAACAGAUAUUUAAUUGCUUCUUCCCUGAUUUUUCCACUGAUAUGAAGAGUGAGAACAUCUGCACUGGGAAGGAGCAACUAGAGACUCUCCCUAUGACUGUGUUUGAAAUGAGGUUGACGGCUCACAGUUACAGUGUCUACAAUGCUGUCUAUGCCAUUGCACAUGCUUUGCAUGCCAUGUACUGUUCUAUGGGAAACCAAAGAUCAGUUAUGAAUAGAAGGAGACAGAAGCUUAAUCAACAGUCAUGGAAGAUUCACCACUUCCUUAGAAGUGUGUCAUUUAAUGACAGCAGUGGAGAAGCUAUUUGUUUUGACCAAAAUGGAGAAUUAGUAGCUCGAUUUGAUAUUAUCAACUGGGUCACAUUCCCAAAUGAGUCUUUUCUUCGGGUCAAAAUUGGAAGGAUUGAGCCACAGGGAUCAUCAGACCAGCGGUUGAGACUUUUUGAGAAGAACAUUGUCUGGCCCACUCAAUUUAACCAGCCCUUUUCUGAUUUUCUGCACAUGACAUCAAAUGCUUCUUCCAUACAUGGACAGACACAGCCACUUUCGUUGUGCAAUGCAAAAUGCCACUCAGGUUUCAGAAAGAGCAAGAAAGAGAACAAACCCUUUUGCUGCUAUGAUUGUACUCCAUGUUCAGAAGGGAAGAUCUCAAACCAGACAGACAUGGAUGAUUGUUUUCAGUGCCCAGAUGAUCGCUAUCCAAAUAAAGACCUUGACUCAUGUAUUCCCAAACAUGUAACUUACCUCUCCUAUGAAGAAAAAUUGGGCACCAGCUUCACUACACUGGCUCUUGUGCUGUCUUUCAUCACAAUUUCUGUACUGGGAAUCUUCAGGAAGUACCAUGACACUCCCAUUGUCAAGGCCAACAACCGCAGCCUGUCCUACACCCUCCUCAUUUCCCUCCUACUCUCCUUCCUUUGUUCCCUGCUUUUCAUCGGUCGACCCAUGAAGGUGACCUGUCUCCUUCGACAGACUGCUUUUGGGAUCAUCUUCUCAGUGGCGGUUUCUUGUAUGUUGGCCAAAACUAUCACUGUGGUCCUGGCUUUCAUGGCCACCAAACCAGGAUCAAGGAUGAGGACAUGGGUUGGGAAAAGACUGGCCCUUUCCAUUGUGCUCUCCUGCUCCCUUACUCAAACUCUUCUCUGUAUAGUCUGGCUUUCCACCUUUCCCCCCUUCCCAAAUGUUGACAUGAACUCUCUAAACAGUGAAACCAUUUUGGAAUGUAAUGAGGGAUCUGUUGCAAUGUUUUAUUGCAUCUUGAGCUUCAUGGGCUUCCUGGCUCUGGUCAGUUUUCUUGUAGCUUUCCUAGCCAGGAAUCUACCAGAUACUUUCCAAGAAACCAAAUCCAUCACGUUCAGCAUGCUGGUCUUUUGCAGUGUCUGGUUGUCCUUCAUACCGGCCUACUUAAGCAGCAAAGGAAAGUACCUGGUGGCUGUAGAGAUCUUUGCCAUCUUGGCCUCCAGUGGGGGACUAUUGGUUUGUGUCUUUUUCCCCAAAUGCUGUAUAAUUUUGCUAAGGCCUGAUCUGAAUACAAAGGAACAUCUGAUAAAAAGAAUCAGUUAA